UCAAGUCAAGGAGACAGCCGCGAGCACCCGCGCUCGGUUAUUUGGCGGCCCCCCGCUGCUUCCAAGCUCUCUAUCAACACCGCACACUGACUCAGGAACAGCAGCAGCUCCUCUCUCCUCUCUCCUCUCUCCCCGCACCUCUACAACGUGGUGCGCCCCUGACGCGCUCUCUCCAGUUGAAGAUGGACUCGUCUCCUUCUCUUCACCUUUACCACUGACUGUGACGCUGCUGUAGUUUGGUGGGAGUUCCCGAGGAAGGGGCUGGAACUGAUCCUCUGUCCGCUGUUUCGCCUUUCCACUGGGUUUUUAUUUGUGAUUGAACUAUCGUUGUUCACUCAUAUCCGGGCUCCGAAAUGGGAAUGUAUUUACAUUUGCUGUUUUUGCAGUACUAUUUCGUCUCGAGUUUCGUGUGCAACGCAGUCGCUUUCGUGGAGGAGCCCUCCGGAGGCAGGUCGGACGGGUACUGCGGGCGGAUCCUCCGGGCGCAGACCCAGGGGACCCGGAGGGAUGGGCACCAUGAGUUCAGGCUCAGAGUGGAGGGGGACCCGGAAACCUAUCAGCCGGGCAGCACCUACAGAGUAAUCCUUCUGGCGACCAGCCCUGCUUAUUUCAGAGGUUUCACCCUCAUCGCACUGAAGGAGGGCAGAGAGGGCACCACGGACGACGACUACACCGGCCAGUUCCAGAUCAUUGAUGAGGAGGAUACACAGUUCAUGACGAACUGUGCCCCUGCAGUGACGGAGAGCACACCUCGCAGACGCACAAGGAUACAAGUCCUCUGGACAGCGCCGCCUAGUGGGGCUGGCUGUGUUAUACUGAAGGCCAGUAUCGUCCAGAAGAGAGUCAUUUAUUUCCAGGAUGAAGGCUCUCUCACUAUUCGCCUGUGUGAGAAAGAGCGUGUGUUUGGUGAAGCCACAGAACCUCCAGCUAUAGAGUGCUGCGCCUGCGGAACAGCCAAGUACAGACUCACCUUCUACGGCAACUGGUCAGAGAAAGUACAUCCCAAAGACUACCCAAGGAGAGCCAACCACUGGUCCGCUCUGAUUGGUGCGUCUCACUCCAGAAGCUACGUGCUGUGGGAGUACGGAGGCUACGCCAGUGAGGGCGUCCGUCAGGUUGCUGAGUUCGGCUCCCCCAUCAAGAUGGAAGAAGAGAUUCGGCAGAAGGGAGAUGAAGUACUGACUGUCAUUAAAACUAAGGCUCAGUGGCCAGCAUGGCAGCCGCUCAACCUGCGAGCAGCUCCAUCAGCAGAGUUUUCUGUGGACCGGACUCGUCACCUGAUGUCUUUCCUCACCAUGCUUGGGCCCAGCCCAGACUGGAAUGUGGGGCUGUCAGGAGAGGACCUCUGUACCAAGGAGUGUGGUUGGGUCCAGAGGCUGGAGACAGACCUCAUUCCCUGGGAUGCAGGCACUGACGGCGGCGUCACAUAUGAGUCACCGAACAAGCCCACCAUUCCUCAGGAGAAGAUCCGACCCUUGACCAGUUUGGACCACCCCCAAAGCCCAUUUUACGAUCCAGAGGGAGGGGCAAUUACACCUGUAGCCAGACUGGUGGUGGAACGCAUCGCUAGAAAGGGGGAGCAGUGUAAUGUGGUCCCAGACACCAUAGAUGACAUCGUAGCUGAUAUUGGACAGGAGGAGAAGGAGGAAGAUGACACACCAGAGACGUGUAUCUACUCAGGCUGGUCCCCCUGGUCAGCCUGUAGCAGCGCUACAUGUGAAAAAGGCCGCAGGAUGAGACAGAGAAUGCUGAAAGCCCAGCUGGACCUCAGCGUGCCAUGUCCCCACACUCAAGAUUUCCAGCCCUGCAUGGGACCGGGAUGCAGUUUGGAGGAGCCAUCAACGUGCAUGAUGUCGGAGUGGAUCAGCUGGUCAGCCUGCAGUGUGUCCUGUGGGAUGGGGAUGAGGUCUAGAGAGCGAUAUGUCAAACAGUAUCCUGAGGACGGCUCGCUUUGCCAGCUCCAGACUGAGGAGACAGAGAAGUGUGUUGUCAACGAUGAAUGCUCACCCAGCAGCUGCGUGGUGACUGAGUGGGCUGAGUGGGACCCCUGCAGCGUUACCUGUGGGCUGGGUAUGAGAAGACGUGAGCGCAUGGUGAAGAUGCCUCCUAUAGACGGAUCAAUGUGUAAGACCGAGGUGGCUGAAGUGGAGAAAUGCAUGAUGCCAGAAUGCCAUACGAUCCCCUGCAUGCUGUCACCCUGGUCUGACUGGAGUGAGUGCAGUGUGACGUGUGGGCGGGGCUUGCGAACACGCCAGAGGAUGCUGAAGUCUGAUCCUGCAGGGUGCACUGAGGAGCUGGAGCAGACAGAGAAGUGCAUGCUGCCCGAGUGCCCCGUUGACUGCAUGGUCUCUGAGUGGUCCGAGUGGUCCGAGUGCAACAAGUCCUGCGGUAAAGGACACACCAUUCGAACCCGUAUGAUCAAACUGGAGCCACAGUUUGGGGGCAACGCUUGUCCUGAGACCAUCCAGAGGAAGAAAUGCAAGCUCAGGAAGUGCCGGACAAAAACAAAGGAGGAGAGGGGAGGUGGAGGAGGAAAGAGAAGGAGACGGGGUAAACAGGGAAGAGAUGGAGCAGUCGAGGAGCAGCCAGCAGGUUGCAGAAUGCAGCCAUGGACCAGCUGGACAGACUGUACCAAACCGUGCGGAGGGGGGAUCCAGGAACGUUUCAUGAUGGUGAAGAAAAGAGCUAAAGCCACUCUGAUGGCCAGCUGUAAAGACCGGAAGGAGAUCCGUGCUUGUAACGUUCAUCCCUGCUAGGGGGCACUACUGAGCUACAGAGGAGAGGAGCAGCAGGUUAAAUACAUGACAGAAUGGGUUUAUUUGAUAAAGAUGAUGUUGGGGGACCUUUUGUGUACAGGGGGGAGGUGAGGGUGAGAUGAUGGGCUAGUUUGACACUUUGGAAACAGGAGAUGAGUUUAGCUGAGUAGAGAGGAGGGGAGGAGGGAGGAGGAAAAGAUGAUAAGGUGAUAAUGUGCUGUUUAGUGAAGCCAUUGUAGGCAUUUAGUUAACAGGGCUGACAUUUCCUUUAGACCACAAUGGAAGUAUUAGAGAGUAGUGUCUGUGUCCUGCAAAAAAAAAAAAAAAAAAAGAAAAGUGGCUUUGCCAGUGCAGCACACUUUUUUUUGUCUCUUCAAUAGUUUUGUUCUCUGGGGUAUAAAAAAGCAUUGAGAUCCUGGGAUUACCUGAGAAUUCUUACCAAAAUCUGCUUGUAUUGUCUGAGAAAACUACCCAUGGAAACCUAUGGUGUUUUAGGCAUGUGUCUACUUUUUAUCGUAUGUACUGACACAAAGAUGCCUUCUCCAAACAUUAAUGAUACCAUGCUAUUGUUAUAGCUAUAGUCCGCCCUUGAAGUAGCAUUAUUACAGUAAUAUCUGGAUCAACAUAUCAUCUUUAGCCAGAUCCUAUUCAUGCUAAAUGGCAGCGUGCUGCUGUUUAUAAUAUAAACUAAAUGAAAACAAUGUAAAUGUUUCAACUUAAUCAGACAUGCAGGAUGGAUGCCCCCAUAGGUGUAGUGGUGUAUAUGCAUUAUAUAACCAUCUCUGUGCAGGGGGGGGUGCUAUAUAGAGUGGUGUAGGACUGAGAUCUAAAUCCCAGAAAUGAGUUAGCUUUUUCCACUUAUGGGUCCCUCAUCUCGAAGUGAAUGGGUUUUUGGUUAGAUGCCUGAAAUAAGGUCUGUGGUUAACACAAGCAUAAGAGACUUUCACAUUUUGUUCUACGACAUAAAAUAUGUCAGUAAAUACCCCGCUUGUGAGACUUUAAGCUUUUAGGCGUCUUCAAAAUGGCGGUUGCUAACAAGUGGCUAAAUGAGACUACAGAGCGUCAUCAAGCAAACGCGACUUUACAGCCUCGUCGUGGUGGAGAUGUUAAGUCAUAGUCAUAGUGAAGGUUGUUUAUAGCCUAACAUUAGCUUUUAACUCUGGCAAUUUCAUUUAUGCUUUACAAGUCAGAAACGCAAUUCGUUUGUGAAGAUUAUCUUGCUGAACAAGAAAGUAUCAUAAAGUUUUGUUUGCCACAGAGCUUAUUUUCUGCAAUAUUCCAAAAUCCAAUGGAACAAUCCCAUUGGGUUUUUGACGAGGGAACCAAGGCGAUGUGAACUUACGGUUUGGCUGACAAAAAAGUGUCAUCCUUGCAGUACUCUACACAUACCAUAUGCUCCUUAAAUAGCAAUAUGUACAUCUCACAGAUUGAGACUGCUGGCAAUCAUGUUGCCAUCUUUCUCUUCAGCUGUGAUGUAUAUGGUGCAUGACAUGAUUAUAGUAUUUGGAUCCUUUACUCAAAUAAAGACGCAAUAUUGCUAUUCAAAAAAAAGGCAAGAAAAUGAAAGUAGAGAGCAGUUACUAGCAAAAUGUAUGUUUGUAAGUGUCAAAGUAAAAGUACUGGAGCAAAUUAAACUACUUUAUAUACUUUUGGUUAGUUUUAUCUUUAACAGAGCACCACAUGUAUAAACACCACUGCACCACCAGAGGCCCCUCCCCAAGUUCUUUAUCAUUUUAAAAUAAUGGACUACCUUCCGACCCUUGUAUGGAAUAUUUUAAGUUGCCAACUGUCACUUAAGUGAGAAAAUAUAUAAACAGACAACACUGAAGAUGUAGGAUAUCUGUCUCUUUUUUUUUUUGCAAGACAUAGAUGCUCAUAAAGGAAGUCUUUACAGACUUAUGGAUGUACUGUAUAACUACUAUCUAACCAACACUUACGACACUACUAUGAGUACUAAAAAACACUUUCCCUAAUAAACAGAUACAUUUAAAUGGAGAUGUUUUAUACUGUUAAAAUUAGUCUUUAUAUACUGUACUGCUGUUUAUCUGUUGUUUCAGCUGAUGUAGCAUUAAACCUGCGAUAGCUCUCACUCUGUCAGAAGAUCUUAAUUUAGCAUGUGCAUAGAUAAUUCUGUUUGAUUGGACUUUAUGCUUUCUCUGCCGUAGAUGUUGUCUUAAAACAGAUAGCUAAAUGACUGUAUCUGCCUUUGUUGGUUCCCAAAAAACACAAACAGACAGAGCCUAGUGUCACGUCUUAAACAUGUGCUGUGCUGCACUGGUGCAGAGUUCUGGCUGCAGAAGAGGUUUGUGUUGAAAACAUUGCAGACGUUUCUACAGUAUUAAAACUGUAGGACAGCUCAACUUGCAGUAGACUGUUACUGGGGCCUUGGUUACAACACACUUUAUUUUCCUGUGUUGUUUUUAUUGCGCUUUUCAUUGUGUUGCGAUGAUGAGAGUGAUCUGCAAGAUCGUUUUUCUUUAUUAUUACACAGCAGAUUAUGUUUUUAUUUCAGUUUGAAUAAGAAUGUCAUCACCAAAGUUCUAUUUUCUGUAGAUAUUUUCUUGACUUCACUCUUUUCUGUUUUCAGGCCUCUUUAUUUCUUUGCCUCUGUAUCAUGUGACUAUUUUCUAAGAAAUCACCUUUACAAUAAAAGAAAUGUAAAUGUGAAAAUCA